AUGCAACGUGGUGAUGCCUCUAUUAUUACAGUUGACAAGGCAACACUUAUGGCUCUGUGGUAUUUGGCUGGUCAGUCAGCAAUGGAGAGUGGAGGUGACCGGUUUGGUGUAGCCCCUUCUACAAUUUAUCAUGAAAUUCAUCGCAUUGUAGAUAUUCUUUGUACAUUAAGCCAUAAAUUUAUAGUAUGGCCUAAGGAACACGAAUGUGCAAUUAUUAGACAACAAUUUAAUGACAGAGCAGGGUAUCCAGGUGUAAUUGGUUCUAUUGAUGGUUGUCACAUUGAUGUACUUGCUCCAGCCAAUGAUCAAGAAUCGUACACGGACAGGAAGAUGAAUCAUUUUAUAAUUUUGCAAGGUAUCUGCACAGCUACCAAAAUAUUUACCAACGUUUCUAUUGGUACACCAGGAUCUCGUAACGACUGUCGUGUUUUGAGACCUUCAAUUUUCUAUAAAAAAGUUAUAGAGGAAGGACCUGAGAGCUUAUUCUACAUUCCCAACAAUCAUCUUGUUGGUGAUAAGGCCUAUCCCAACAGAACAUGGCUCAUGACACCAUACAAGGAUUAUGGAAAUCUCACUUUGACACAAAGACGUCAUAACUUUGUUCAUAGUUCAACAAGAAUAGUCAUAGAACACGCAUUUGGACUUUUAAAGGGACGAUGGCGAUGUCUGCUGGGAUUGAGACUCAAACGUAUUGGCAGAGUUACAAACUUUGUUUUAGCAUGCUGUGUACUUCAUAACUUUUGUUUUCUACAUAAAAAUACUGUCAUUGAAGAGAUGGUGAACGAUGAUAGAAGGAUGCGACAACAAGAUAUAAGAGAAUACUGUGAUGCAGCAAAUAUAGAGAUUGCCAAACAGAAGAAGGAUUGCAUUGCCAACUUGUUAUAG